CAAUCGUUUCAGUUCUGACCAAUCAGAAACCUCAGGGGCGGGGCAUGUUGCUAAUUACGUCAUUCGGAUAUAUAAAUAUGGGGGGGGAGGCAACUGCUUUCCUAAGCGACGUUCCGUGUUUUGGGUCGACGGGGAAAUCUAAACAGGACAUUUGAGAAGACUACUCUGAAAGUGCAAUGGCACGUACCAAGCAGACCGCACGUAAAUCCACCGGAGGUAAAGCCCCGAGGAAGCAGCUGGCCACCAAAGCCGCCCGCAAAAGCGCGCCCUCUACCGGCGGAGUGAAGAAACCUCACCGAUACCGCCCUGGUACUGUGGCUCUCCGAGAGAUCCGUCGGUACCAGAAGUCCACUGAGCUGCUGAUCCGCAAGCUGCCCUUCCAGCGCCUGGUGAGGGAAAUCGCCCAGGACUUCAAGACCGAUCUCCGCUUCCAGAGCGCCGCCAUCGGAGCGCUGCAGGAGGCAAGCGAGGCAUACCUGGUGGGUCUCUUUGAGGACACCAACCUGUGCGCCAUCCACGCCAAGCGCGUCACCAUCAUGCCCAAGGACAUCCAGCUGGCCCGGAGAAUUCGUGGCGAGCGCGCUUAAACAGCUCGCUUUGUUUAUCUGUAUUUUUUAAUAUUUUUUGGGGGGGUGGCCGGGGGGGAGGGAGUGUCCAGGGUGGGUUCUUACACUCGAUUACAUGCUCGUUCUAGUUUUAAGCUUAAUUUUGUACUAUUGUUUUUUUGAGUAGUGAUGGUAGGGGAGGGGUCGUCGUGUGGUUCUUGGGCGUGGCAGUAGGGGGCAGUGUCAGAACAUUCCGGGAGCUCCUCUCAGGGUUUUAAAGUUUGUAUUUUAGACUUUGGUAUACCUCUACCCGUGCGCUCUAGUCUGCAUGCUACAUGGUGAUUUAUUAGGAUGUGUCCAUUUUUAUUUCUCUCACAACUCUAUUUUUCUCCUUCAUUGUGGCCAUCUGGUUGUAAAUAAACUUUCCACUACCUCA